CACCAAUCAGGGACCAAAACUUUCCGCUCCAAAUUGUAACCGUUGUAAUUUGUUAUAUGUGAAGAGACUUCUUAAAAAAUGAAACUUUUUUCCAAUAAGAUUUCAACCUUGUAUGAAUGAAGUCUAAAGUUCUGGUUUUAUUCCUGCCUCCAAAAAAAGUGUUUGAAGCUUGGUGAGCUCUUCAACUUUGCGUGAUGUUUGCAGCUCCAUCACUAAAGAUGGGUUUUUCUGCUCAGUUGAAAGAUGUGGCAAGUUGCAGAACCACAGAUACGCUUCAGCAGCAAUCUUCAUGUAAGGACAGUUCUUCAGGUUUUCCUAUUGCAUUAUGUGACGUUUUGAAAACUAAAGAUUCAUUGUUUCAAAGUGGUGGCAAUACAGAAAAUUUGUGCCAUGAAAAUGUAUACAGGAAGCAGAAAGACACAAAAACGAAGAGUCGAUUACGUUCCACACUACAACAGGAAGGCACUUUUUCUGCAAGUUCUCCAGAUCCCAUUGAAACUGAUUCAGAAACAAGUUAUAUCAGAAAAGUAUCUAUGCAAAAUCAUUUGAGUUCUGACACCAAAGGUUCUGUUUUUAAAAGACCGGACGUUUAUCCAGUAUGUGUUGAAUCUCCUGCUCGAAUAUUUAAAAGGAUGAAAGACAAGAUUAAUCAAACUAUGCAACCCCCUUCAAAAGUAGGGCAUUCAUUUAAUCAGUUGAAUUGUGCAAGUGAUGAACUUUUAUGUUCAAUUGAGAGAGAAGAAUUUUUUAAAGGUAUGUUGGAAAAAAAGGGCAUCAGUUUAAACACACAAGAGUCUUGCAAAACUGCGAAGAGUGUACUUCCUCAAGAGGAAGAAGUGAUUUUAGUACCAAGUGGAAACCAGAUUAAUGCAACAUCAACUAAACUGCUUGAAAGAGAACAGGAGUGUCUCUCAGCAAGUAAAAAUAAUGUUUCAUCAUCAUUAUAUGACCAUCUGAAACCAGAUUCUCCUGCAAAAACUUUCCUUCGUAUGAAACAGAAGUAUAAGGAACAGAGUAAAAAUGCACCAGCGAAUGGCACUGUGCAUGGAGGUGCAGUAAUAGAUUCAGUGCCAGAAGAUCAAACUCAGAACAACUCUCCAGUGGCUGAUGCCUCUUCCUGUUGCAGUACUUCAGACAUAAGUAACAAUGCAGAAAUGAAUGAGAAAUAUGGUGUUCCUUUUAAAGACAGCAAUGAUGGUGAUGAUGAAAUGUCUCGAAACCGUGUAAUCGUCAAAGAGAAGAAGAUUUUACUGCGGAAUAAAACUAACUCUCUCUUAAGAAACAAAGAUAAAUAUGAAAGGAAACCAACUUUGAGUGAUAUGCUAAAUAAAAGGGAUACCAAGGAAAAUUGUCAUAAAAUGAAUGCUUAUGUAAAGGAAGCAGAAAAAACAAAAAACAGUCCUAGAUUAUUUGAAUCUCACAUAGCAUCUAGCAUAUCCUUUACUGCUCCAAAACACAGACCAUUUAAGAAUCGUCAUUCAGAAGAAAGUAAUAUGAGCGCCACUGCAAGGAAAUUGACAUCUGAUUCUGAUACUCCAAAGGUUUCUGUAAUUUGUCUCAAUGACUGGGCUGUGAAGUUGGUCCACAAAAAUACUGCAGUGUUUGUUGAAGGAAACAGGCAGGAUUUGGGUGGUAUGUUGUGGCACAGCAAUGUUAUUACAGAACGUAUUAAAAGUAACCAGCUGAAAACUUUGACUGGUAACAUUUACAUCUUGAAAGGAAGGAUAAAUACAGCUGUCACGAAGCAAGAAGGGUUUUCAUCUGAAUUUAUUAAGAAAUUUACAUUUGGAUUUCCAGAAGAUUGGAAGAAACUUGUGGACUUCUUUCUUAAUCAACUCAGGAGUUCUCUACUGGUAAAGAAAGACCAUAAAUGUGUGAAACAGAAUGUUUCACCAUUACUAACCAGAUCCAGAAGACAACAUUUAAGAACUACUUCUGACAGUACUGCCGUUCAGAAAAUACAUGAAAGGAACAUACGAGAUUUUCAUGAAGAACAAGAAAAACUGUCAAAGAAAAAGCAGAGAAAUCUUCAGAACCAUGAGAAAAAUGCAGCACAAUUGAAGGAAAAAUCAGUCCGUAAUACUGCAGGUAAAGAAUCUGCAAAAGAAUGUCGUAAUGGAUUUGUGACAAGAAGCCGCAGUGGCAGAAUUAUUAAGCCCGUAAUGGAAUCCUGGAAUGGACAGCAGGAUUGUGAAAACAAAUUGUUACACAAGAUCGUUUCAACAACAGCAAAGAAGAUUUUAAAAGAAGCUUCUAGAACAUCAGAAAAAAAUGAGCUGCCCCAUGAAAAGCAUGUUCAACUUGGAUACAAGUCUAAUAGGAAAUCAAGCAUCAGGAAGCAAGAAAACUGUGAAGAAAGUUCUUUACUAAGUGAUAAUAAGACUGAACAGAGGUCCCAGAUAGUUCCCGUUGUUAUGCUGACACCAAUGGUUUCAAAAAAGCAUCUACGACAACGAUGUGGCCAAUACAAUUUAUCAUAUAAACAUGAUAGUAAUAUCAACUGUGAGAAUUUCAGUCUUUCUGAUACUGACAGCAGCAUGGAAAGGGAAUAUCCAAAUAAAGCCAAAGUUAGAAGUAUAGAAAAUUUACAGAACAAAAAACGUUUGAAGAAUUCUGCCCGAGACCAUGUAAUUGUUCAGCUUAAAGAUAAAUGUAAUGACCACAUGGAAGAAUCCAGUGAUGAGUUUUCUGCGCGUAUUGUGAGGAAGGCUAAAUCAUCAGUCAACAGACUCAGUUUAGAUCUUAAGGACCCAUGUGAAGAACCUGGAAAGCUACCUAGAGAGAAUAAUUUGAGUUGUGGGGAACCUAAAACCCUAAUAUAUAAAACAUCCGGUUGUAGUUCUUUAAGAAAUACCAACAAGCAGGAAGAGCAUGGAUUUCGUGCAUCAUAUGAUGUAGCAACUCAGAACAGUACAAGAAUAAUCUCUUCAUUAUCUGAACAAAGUCCUAAAGUGCAAGAUGACACAAUUAGUAGAGUUUUUCCAUUUGUCUGGCAAGAAAAAUUACAUUUUACGAGUGAGCCAUCACUUGAGGAUGUAGCUAAGCUACCACAAAUGGCUUUUAAAGGAAAUGAAGAGAAUGAAGUUCCUAAUAAGGAAAAAAGAAAAUCUGUUUUUUCAGAAAAGAGAAACAUGAAUAGGAUUUCAGAUCAUCAGACUUUUGACUCUGCAGCAGUUUACAAGAAUGUUGUAGAAAGGGACUCUGGAUUGUUUACAUUAACUAUUGGUGCUUCUGAUGAAGCAAAUUGGACUGAGAUUGAACUGGACAAACUUCAAAGGGCUGUUGCAUCUUUUCCAAAACACAAGAAAGGCUUUUGGUUGGAUGUUGCAAUGUUUGUGGGUACACGUUCUGCUGAAGAAUGCCAGCAAAAGCACAUGGAAAAUCAGCAAUCCAGAAGGUCUCGAAAGUCAACUGUAAACCGGAAGAAAAGUCCUAUUCAAAAAGAAGAUAAAGCCAAAGAAAAUGUAAAAAUAACAGCUAAAGUUGGGACAUUAAAACGGAAACAACAGAUGUGGGAGUUCCUUGAACAGCUCCCACAGGAAGAUCACGAUGACGUGUUUAGUGGAUCACCUCUUCAGAGCAAACGAGUGAAGUUACCCACCCUUGGAGGAAGCCAGGAAGAUGACGUUUUUCGGUUUCUACAAACUAAUCCAACCACCCCUUCAUCCACAGUGUUUCCUCUAGCAGAGACGCCAAAGUGUGAUCACAUAAGUCCUGGCAUGUUAGGUUCUAUAAACAGAUCCAAUAAUGACAGGUAUAUCUGUAGGAUGCAAAAGACUGGUCCAGGAAGAAAAAAGAGUGGUUGGGUUAACCUAAAAAGAAAAUCAGGUUUCUUUGCAACUCCAAAAGCGAGGAGGACAGCUGGAUUAAACAAAGGUGCUGGUGAAUCAUCAUCAGUUGUAGGAAAGCUGUUUAGCAGAGAAGUACACACUUAUUCGGAUGAAGAAGAAGAAUAUGAAGACUACUAUUUUACAGAUGACUGACAGAAGACUGCAACAUCUGUGGAAGCUAUGGAUAUACAUCUGCACCCUGCAUUUUUUAUCAAGUGUAUAUAUAACAAUCCUUUUUGCGUAGCGGACAAUUUUAGUAGUCUGUUACUGAUAUCAUAACAGUGCUGUAUUAUCAGCCUCUAAUUCUGUCAUCUUAAAGUUAGCUGAUAUUUUUUUACUAAUUACUUAAUUGCAGAGCUGGAACGUCCAGACCUCAUUCAUGUACCUUAAAGUGAACUUAAGUGACAUAUUCCAAGACUAGUUCUAUAAAAUUAGUAAUAAUAAUAAUGUAAUUAAAACACUUGUGCGUUUUUUUUAAACAUUUGAACAGUUUCUGUAAUAAAAAAAGGAAGUUGACUUCAAUGUCUUACUAUAGAUAUAUCACCAUGUCUAACAUCUGAUUGCAAAUGUUUCACAAUCAGUUUACAAAAAUGUUUUAGAAUUGCAAAUAUGGUUGCAGUUUAAAUUGUCAGUUUUGUGUAAAUAUUUCUUAACAUUGUUUAUGUCAAAGUAUGUUUUCUAUUUAUUAUUUUAAGUGAAUACACAAGAAAGACACUCGCUUCUUAAUAGCUUGCAGUCUCGCUCAUCUUAUUACAGUUGUAAUUUAAAUGAAGAGUUUGUUCUUUGCACUCCUACAACCAGAUACAGCUUUGGACAAGAGUCUAUUGAGCAACUAAUAUAAACGUACACAGACUUUUUUAUUUUUAUGUAUAAUUCUAUUGUGUGUUUUACUUUCCUAUUGCACUACUUUUAAAUAGUUUUAUUUAAUCUGUGUAUAUAUAUAUAUAUAUAUAUAUAUAUAUAUAUGUAUAGAGAGAGGGAGAGAUUCAACUUUUUAUUGGGUGUAUGAUACCUUGUUUAUGUUUGCAGCAUUUGGGCAUUUGGACCUGGGCAUUCAAGUGGAACUGCAUAAUGCUGGAUGCAAUUAAAACUCAUUCAUUUGUGUUAAUUCAUGCUCAUUUCAACAGCUAAACUCAAACUUCCCUUUCUCUUAAUGAGAAGAAAUUAAUCAUGCGCUAAACAUCUAUUGUAUAUUUAUAUGAAAAUGUUUAUGUUUUCAGUAACUUAAUUACAUGGAUACAGCUAUUAGGUCUAAUGUGCACAUUUCUCACAAUUUUAACAAGGCUGUUUGAAGCUCUUCAUAUAUUUUCUUGAAAUUAAUCACAGAUAUUUUAGGAAACUUUCUUGGGCAUUUUGUAGAUGUACAUUAUCAUUUUCUAGUCAGUUAUGAGUUGUAGUUUAUCCUCAUUUCCACACUUAUGCAAGUGUUUGAUUAGUUGGAAUACUGGUCAACGGUGUUAAAUCCUGCAUUACAGUACUAGCGUCAAUUCUGGGACCUUUUCUGUUUUACGCUGUUGUCAUUGAGAAGUUCACAUAUCCUCCAUCAUCAUCUGAACAAGACAAAUAUCGAUUAUAUUUAAAAUUGUGUUUUUAUUAGUAAAUAAGUACAUGGCCACCUCCAUCACACUGAAUAUUCUAAGGCAGAGUGCUAUCACUGGUACAGAAUUCCAGGGGAGAAGCGUUACAUAUUUACUGCAGAUCAUUUGUUAGCAGCAAUAGAGCAAGCCAUAAACAUCCUUGUAAAUGUAAUUAUGCAAAGGAGAUGCUAUAUACUGCAUUGCAUUUAAAAAGUAAAUUAAAAUUUUACUGCAACAAAUGA